UGUCUGAUUUACUUCAUUGGACGAAUUUGAUUUAAAAUAUCUCAGUUAUGGAGGACGAGAACCUUUGCCGAAUAUGUUUGGACGCUCAUUCUAUUGGCGUAGAUCAGCUAUUGAUAAAUAUUUUUGAUGUAAAGCAAAAAGGAAUUGAUUUCUCAAUUGAAAAGGCGUUGAUCGAAAUAUGUGGACUAGAGAAUAUUUGUGAAAAUGAUCUUCUUCCACAGCAAAUUUGUUCUCUGUGUUGUUUGCGACUCGAGGAAGCAUUUAAGCUUCGAACGCAGGCUCUGCAGUCUCAAAGUAAUUUUAUUGAUGCUUUGAACAGCCAGGAAUACUUUUCGAACCCGCCUCCAACUGAAACCUCUGAGGAUUUAGAAAUCGAAUACCUAGAAGAAACACAUGAUUCAGAUGAAUUAGACGAAGCUGAUGAAGUUUCGAUGCAAGAAAUUGAAAUUCUUGAUGGGACGACGCUUGUCUCUUUGGAAAAGGAGAACUUUGAUUGCUGCGGCUGCCAGUCGUCAUUUGGGGAUGAAGCAGGGUUACUUUCCCACUCUAGAAAAAUCCACCGAGCUCAGGCCCAAAUGCGAGUUCCAGUUGGUAAAGUUCAAUGCAACGUUUGCUACAUAAUGUUCAGCAGUGAACAGCAGGUUGUCUUGCAUAGAAAUGACAGAAAUGCCAUUAAGCUCAUGAAAAAGUGCGACUUUUGUGGUUGUAGUUUUAAAUCUAACGAUGGUUUGAUCAAACAUCUGCAAACUUUCCACUCAGAUCAGGCUUUUAAAUGCUGUUCUUGUGAUUCCGAAUUCCGUGCACAGAGAGACCUUUUCCGACACGUAGAUCAGCAUCACAGAUUACCUGUCGUUUCCAAAACGCUAAAAAUAAACCUUUGUGUGCUCUGCGGAAUGUCCUUUGGGACGUAUAAUGAAAAACUGUUUCACGAACGUUAUCCAUAUCGUCUGUAUCGCAAUCGGUCUAACAAAGAGAUUCAAACGAAUGAAACUUUCGAUGUGUUCCGCUGUUGUGGUUGCCGUAAAGUUUUCUCCUCAAUUCCAGAGUUACGUAGUCAUCAAACUGAGGAACAUUGGCCGCAAAGAAGCUUGCAAACUGGAGAUCAAUAUAUGAAAUGUGAAUGCGAUGGAUGCUUCAAAGUGUUCAAAACGACUAAAGCUCUCAAUCAGCAUUUAAGAAAGGCUGCCUCGAAAAAGUUGUAUGCAUGUAGUAAAUGCUCGAUCACUCGAAAAUCCUUGAAAGAUUUAAUGGAACACAGUGCGACCCAUAUCGGAGAUCAAGCUUUCCUUUGCUGUGGCUGCAGAGAACCGUUCGGAUCACUCGAAGCCCUAGAACAGCAUUCACUGGACGUGCACGCCAACAAACCGAAAAUCUACAUGAAAGAUGCGGACGGUACAGAACGACAGUUUGAAUGUAAUAUUUGCUAUCGGAGCUACAAAACUGGCAAGGAUCUGCGUCUUCACCAACGUUUGGUAUAUUACGAAAAAGUACAUGUUUGCGAUAUUUGUGGAAAAGUUUCUUUUCCAGGGUUUUCGCAAGAACAUGCUUUGGACCUUCAUUUGGCUACGCACAAGACUGAACCAGAGUUCGCCUGUCCCACCUGCAAAAAAAUGUACAAACACGAAGCUCUGGUUCGAAGCUGUAUGGUACGCCACGAACGGCCCAAAGAACACCGAUGCAAGAUUUGUCAAGUAACGUUUCCAGCUGCUUCCAAUCUUUACUCGCAUAUGGUAUCCCAUUCGGAAGAUCGGCGCCAUAAGUGUGACGUUUGUGGGCACAGUUUCAAGCGUAGCUUUCAUCUGAAGAAACACCAAAACAUCCACACCAGUCAGAAGAACUAUCCUUGCCAAUAUUGCCCGGCUCGAUUCUGCUCGACUACCGAACUCUACAAACACGAGAUCCGCCACACCGGAAUAUUUCCUUACCAGUGUGAAAUUUGCAACAAAAAACUAACUACCCGUCAGGUGUAUAUUAAACAUUACGAGGCACACAUGGAGGAAAGUUUGAAAAUUUUUCGAUGCUCGAUAUGUCCCCUGAAAUUCAGUCGAGAUCAUUUCCUUUCGAAUCACAUAAAAUACAAACAUAAGAUAGAACCACAAGAUAAAAGUUGGAACGAGAAAUUCAACCGACAGGCUCCAGCGAGAAGCAAAGGUGGACCUCGAAAAGCCGGUACCAGAGGAAUUUACGUUUCUAGUUUGCUUAGUUCGGACGAUAUUCCAAGUAACGUUUUCCAAGAAGAAAUAAUUCAAUAAAUUUCUUUAUAAUUG